GUAUUUUGACUUCCUUCCGUUUUGAGUACAACAUAUCGUGACAAGGUACCUGCUCCUCAAUAAAUACACUCUAACAUACCUCUGCUAUAUCUGCAAAUAUGUUAAAUGAAAUAUUAAUUGCAUACCAUCUACGUUUAUAGACAAUUGUGACAUUCUUAUUGAAUUCUACGCUUGGUAAAUCUACUGGAUCCAUAUCGUCCAUAUUGGGAUUACUAAUCUUUUAUAAUUGUGGAUUAUCGGGACCGAAGUCAACUGAACGCGCAAUAGCCUGAAGAAUUAAACAAUUGUGACAUUCUUAUUGAAUUCUACGCUUGGUAAAUCUACUGGAUCCAUAUCGUCCAUAUUGGGAUUACUAAUCUUUUAUAAUUGUGGAUUAUCGGGACCGAAGUCAACUGAACGCGCAAUAGCCUGAAGAAUUAAGUAGUGGUAUCCGGACAAUUCUGGGGUACUGUCGAAGUCAUGGGCUAACCAAGUGUGAUGUUUAAAUAAAUCAAUGACUUCUUCGUAUUGAUGACUGUUGUAAUUUUGAAUUCCAAAAUACAAUACAUUCGUUCGGGCUGGUCUAAUACUUCUUGAUUACAUUGCGUUAUUCCUGGGAUUACUAGUUUAUACUACAAUUCAAAUACUUCUAAUCAUAUUGGCGUCGCGAUUGAGCCUGUAAUGGAACGGUUGGAUAUAAAUUCAGGUUUUAAUGCUUUUGAGGAGUACAUGGAAAGGUUCGAAAUCUGGGCUAUGACCAAGGAAGAUGAUGAGGAUUUUAAUACUGUGGCCCAUUUCCUUACAUUCAUUGGGAAAGAAGCAUACAGCCUUAUAAAGAUUUUGGCACUUCCAGACAAACCGAUUUCACUCCCCUAUGCAACUCUCAAGCAACUACUGUUGGAUCAUGUAAAGUAUACAAAUUCCGAAUGCGGUAAGAGAGAAAAAUCCGAUAAAAUAUCUGGCAAGAACUUCAGGAACUCCACUCCUUUAAUAAGUCGUCGCAGUUCGAUGCGUAAUCAAAUUUAUUCAGAUAAUACUCCAUUGAGUUGUGAAGCAGUCCAUGAUGAUGAGCACGAGUUUAGUAAAUGCAUGUUCUGCGGCAAGUUUCACCCAUGCAAUUCAUGUAUAUUUCGUAAUUCUAAAUGCUUUAAAUGUGGUAUAACUGGACACAUUCAGUCAGUUUGUAAUACCAUGGUUCAUUUCGCUGAAAGUAAUGCUAAGAUGGAUGCUUCUAAUGAUCAGUUAUCUUUAUUUAGAAGUGGUAUAACGUCACAUAGCAGUCCAGAGUUAAAUGAAACUCAGAAUCAUUGUGAGACAAAAAUUUUUAACCAACAAACUUAUCGGAUUUCUCAUGAUAUUGAACCAGAUAUGGUUUGUCGUAAUAAUUCACAUACUUCUGAUGUAAUUUCUUACAACUCUGAGAAUAGAAUGUUAAAUGAGUCAAAUCAUGAUCAAAAACCAAAUUCAGUCAUGGUAGAUGUUGAAUUCCCUGAUGAUCCAUUACCUAAUGAAACUCUUAAUCAAUUUGAGGAAAAUAUUUCAGAAGAAUCGAAUUCUGAUAUCAUAUCAAGUGUCAGUGGUCCUCACAAUCAAUUUAUCUCUAAUGAUAUUCCUAAUGAAUGUGACAAGUAUGUUCCUGAUGAGUCGAAUUCUAGUCAUAUUUCUGAUGUUCUUGUAUCAGAUGUUGCAUAUUCUCACGAACAAUGUGUUUCGAGUAGAAUCCUUAGUCAGUGGUACGAUGAAUCAGAUGGGAUAGCGAAAUUUCCCGAAGCAACCAGAGAACGAGUUUGCCCAGAAGUGAAGUUUGCACAGACAGAGAAUCCAAAUCAAGUCCAAGAUUAUCCUAAUGAAUAUGAGGCAGAUGAAUGUUUUCUAUUCAAUUGUUUCGCAGGUAAAUCAAGCCUAGUUGAAUCACAUGUGUUAAUUACAUAUAUCAAUGCAUAUCCAUCUGUAUAUUCUAAUAUGAAUAACAAAAAGUAUAUGUAUCAUGAUUUUUAUUCAAAUCAAAGUCACAUGAUGGAAUACCUCAAAUCAUAUAUCAGUGUUUAUUCCCAAAUACUCACAUACAGUAGUCGAUGCGUAAGAUUUGAGAAGAUAAUGCAAAUUGGGAACGUCGUAUUGGCUAAAACAUUGCGAAGUAAGGACCCAACAUUAUUUCGUGGGGGAGGAUAUUGUUGGAAAGUCCAUGAUGCAAAUUCUAAAUAUCAAUGGUUUCACUACAAAGCCGGAGUGCUGAUUGUAUACAGUACCAGAAUCCAGGUGGGUCUGUUCCAAUUUCGGUUGUUAAUUCUAAUACUAAUGAGUGCAUUCUAGAUAAUACAGAGUCUACAUCCAAUACACCGUCGGACAGAUGUAAGAUGAACUUAAGAAGAGGACGAACAAUCGAUUACAGACACUUACACUCCAAUUCGAGCUGUGGCGGAUGUGAUGUUUAAAUAAAUCAAUGACUUCUUCGUAUUGAUGACUGUUGUAAUUUUGAAUUCCAAAAUACAAUACAUUCGUUUGGGCUUGUCUAAUACUUCUUCAUUACAUUGCGUUAUUCCUGGGAUUACUAGUUUAUACUACAAUUCAAAUACUUCUAAUCAUCAUACCAAGUUUCCGUCACAGCUACACUGAGUGGCCUUAAUUUGUCCAGUAAUGCUCCUAGUUCAUAGACUUUACGUCUAUAUUUACUUAGAAUAUAUCUGGAAAAACUGGAGAAAAAAAGUAUAUCACAAUAUAUAAAAAUCAAAUAAAGAAUAACAAUGAAUAAUAAUAUUCCAAAAAGGAACAGACUCACAGUUUAUUGGCUUGGUGUACCAGAUCACGUCGGGCUCACCACUGAGGAUACGACUAGUAUUCUAACUUUACAAUUAGCUACCAAUAGCACCUUCUAUAAUCGAAAACUUCUUGACCAAUGGAAAUCAGAAGUCAGACGAGAAGAGGUAGGAAAGAUAUAUUUGAUACGUUGUCAAUAUAUGGAAGAACGUUUAUUCUAAGCUGACUAGUGAACGUAGGAGCAGUGUCCCACGUCGAGUUGAAACGUGAUCUGGUACGGAUGCAUGACCGAAAGCCUUCAGUUAAACAAGUCUACUUAAACAACGUGGUCAGCAUCCAAUGUUGAACACUUAAUAAGCUAUUGAUUUUGGGGGAUUAUUUACAGCUACAAUAUAAAUUGGAAAGACGACAAGAAUAAUCAUGAAGACAAUCCCACACCACCAUUAUUUCAUCCUGCUUAUGUCCAUUCAAUCUCAUUACACUUUGAUUAUUUGCUACUGCUAUGCAUGCUACUGAAUUUCACUACUAAUCAUACAUUCAGGAACAUUCGCAUUUUAGUUCUUACCUAAUUCAUUUGUUGUAAAUCAUUUAGUAUAAACUUAACGAAUAUAACAAUAACAUUCAAAACUCAGUUAUAUUUGUUGAACAGCAGAAUAACAAUGAUAGUUCUGUAAUGAACGUUGCCUGAACAUUCCAUUUUGGUUAACCAAUACGAACAAAGUACACUCAAUCAUUAAAUAUCCACCAGCACGGUUAGCAUUGACUGUGUGAAGAGAAAUAUAAGUCCAUUAGCCUGGUUACUAGGUAAUCCAAGUUAACAGUUAUACAUGGUGGGGAGCGACCUAAAAGAGUCUCAUAACACUACUGUCCUCCUCAGUUAAUGUUUGUAGUGAGUAACGCUGACAAUGGGACGAUGUAGGUUACGUUUAUUUGAACUUCAGAUGUAACAAGACGAUCAGUAAAUUGCCAGUGAAUUCUGGUUUAUAUCCAAAAAAACAAACGAGAGCUACUGAUUAUAAAUGUGGUUACACAUACAGCAUCACACAGAAAGAGAAGAUAUGAUCUUUUAGUGUGGUUUUGAAAGUUAUUAAAUAUACGUGUUAUCAUACAUUAUCCAGACUUGAAUUUGAUGUACUUAAUAAGGUGAAUUACAUUUAAAUGACAAGAAAUAUGUGUUUUAUUUUAGAAAGUAACUAACAGUUGAGGUCAUAUUCAGGAAUUUAGAUUAUUAACUCAGAAAACUUUACAAUUCAUGUGGUAGUUUGUUUCCUUAUAUAUUUUAAUAUACACGUCAGAAUAACAUUAAUUAAAAUCUGUUUGCUUUAAUCUGAUAAAGAUUAUGUCGAUAUGAGGUGAGUUAGUAUGGUGUGAUAUAAUACUUAACAUUCAUUUACACUACUAUUUUUAUAUUUUGUCUUUCUUAUUUGUGUGUUUGAUCUACCAUUUUCUUUGAUUAACCUACACCAAUUGAACUGCUUCCUUGUUACGAAUUGAAGUGAUCAGUCAAUGACUAUGUUUUAUAAGAAAUCUCUCGUUGAAGAAAUAAUAUGCUUUUCAUGUGGGAAAUAGGUGUCAAACUUUAAUAUGUAGAUGGCGUCGAGUGUCGAUUGACUAUGAUCACAGUAAUAUUACGCGCCCGUAAACGAUUUGGUUCCUUCGCUAGCUAGUAAACGAGAAGGUUGUAGCUGGUCCAGAUAAAGUAUAUUUAUUGGCGAUCUCGUGUUAUUGAAAGAAUACCGAGACGUGCCAACGAGUAUAGGUAAAGCACAAGAAAGUUCAAACGAACAAGAUGGGCCACUGGACGAAAAGUGCUUUAGAUACAGUUAAACAAAACGAGUACAGUCAAACAAUCACUGGUACAAUUGGUUAUAAUGAUAAUUGUUUCCAUUAUACCAAUAGCGUUCUCGUCGAGAAAAGCAGGUCACUACAGAUGAAACCAUAUAAAUUAAGUAUUAUUCUAUCCAUAUAGUUUAAUAAUGCACAUUUAUUUUCCAUCUUUAUUUUGUUUGCACUAAAUGGAUUCGAUUGAUUCAUUAUUUUUGCUUAGCGUUUUUGGCAACUGAUAUGCACACCCUUUGUAAGGCUGUAUUUAUAAUCCAAUUGUAAACAUAUCAGUUGUGCAGGUAACAUUAAAAUACAAUAGUUGAAUGCAAUCACAUAAACGUAGC